GUAUAUAUAUUCAUUCAGAUUGACGCACGCAUACGCAUGCAUUAGCUAGCUAGUGUGUAUCUAAGAAAAGCAAAGACGCCAAGAAAGGCAAACGGGAGCGAGCGGGCGUGGCAGCAGCACCACCGCCCACCGGCGCGGCGCCCCUGGCUCCACACCAGCAGCAGCCCGUGGCAUUGCCCCCAGCACCACAGACCCGGCCGCCGCCGACAUGGUGGUAGCGGCGUGCGAGGACGAGGCCGGCGGCGCCACCAACGCACGGGACGCGCCGGCGGCCGUGGUGGCGCGCUCGGGAGUCGCCCACACCAGGAGCCCCCACGCCAGGCGCAGCCCGCGCCAUCCUGGCGGCAUUUCCCCCGCCGACAUGGUGGUAGCGGUGUGCGACGACGACGACGACGACGACGACGAGGAGGAGGCCGGCGCGCUGGUCGCCGCCAUCGGCUCGACACGCGACGCGCCGGCGGUGCAUUCGCCGCGCGCCGCGUGGGCGGUGUUCGUGAAGGAGUCGCGGCGGCUGUGGUCGAUCGCGGCGCCCAUCGCCUUCAACAUCAUGUGCAUGUACGGCACCAACUCGACGACGCAGAUCUUCGCGGGCCACAUCGGCAACCGCGAGCUGUCGGCGGUGGCCAUCGGCCUGUCCGUCGUCUCCAACUUCUCCUUCGGCUUCCUCCUCGGGAUGGGCAGCGCGCUGGAGACCCUGUGCGGGCAGGCCUACGGCGCGGGGCAGGUGGCGAUGCUGGGCGUGUACAUGCAGCGGUCGUGGAUCGUGCUCGCCGCCUCGGCUGCGCUGCUGACGCCGCUGUACGUGUACGCGGCGCCGGUGCUGCGGCUGCUGGGGCAGGACGAAGGCAUCGCCGGCGCGGCGGGGACGUUCACGCGCGGCAUCAUCCCGCAGAUGUUCGCGCUCGCCGUCAACUUCCCGGCGCAGAAGUUCCUGCAGGCGCAGAGCAAGGUGGGCGUGAUGGCGUGGAUCGGGCUCGCCGCGCUGCUCGCCCACGUCGCGCUCCUCGCGCUGUUGGUGUCCGUGCUCGGGUGGGGCGUCGCCGGGGCGGCGCUCGCCUACGACACCUCGUCGUGGCUCACCUCUCUCGCGCAGGUGGCCUACGUCGUGGGAUGGUGCCCGGACGGGUGGACGGGGCUGUCCAGGGCCGCCUUCACCGACCUCUGGGCCUUCGUCAAGCUCUCGCUUGCAUCCGCCGUCAUGCUCUGCCUCGAGAUGUGGUACAUGAUGUUGCUCGUCGUGCUCACAGGACACCUCGACGACGCCGAGAUCGCCGUCGACUCCAUAGCCAUCUGCAUGAACAUCAACGGGUGGGAAGGGAUGCUGUUCAUCGGGCUCAGCGCGGCCAUCAGCGUGCGCGUGUCCAACGAGCUCGGGUCCGGGCGUCCCCGUGCGAGCAUGUACGCGGUGAUGGUGGUGCUGGCGCAGUCGCUGGCCUUGGGGCUGCUGGCCAUGGUGCUCGUGCUGGCGACGCGGGAGCAGUUCCCUGCCAUCUUCACCGGCGACAGGCACCUGCAGAAGGCCGUGUCCAGCAUCGGCUACCUGCUGGCCGUCACCAUGGUGCUCAACAGCGUCCAGCCCGUCAUCUCGGGCGUCGCCGUGGGCGGCGGAUGGCAGGCCGUCGUCGCCUACAUCAACCUCGGCUGCUACUACGCCUUCGGCCUCCCGCUCGGCUUCAUCUUGGGCUACCUCUUCAGAUUCGGGGUCAAGGGCAUCUGGGCGGGCAUGCUUUGCGGGACAGCGUUGCAGACAGCCAUCCUCAGCUACAUAGUCUGGACGACCGACUGGAAAGCAGAGGCGUCGCUGGCGUUGGAGAGAGUCAGAAUAUGGGGGGGCGCCCACCAUGAAAAGCUUGGUAGCUCUCAAGACGACGACGCGGUUAUCUGACGAAUUGAAGAUCGAUCCGGCAAAUGACAUCGCGGCUGCUUGCAUUCCAUUGCAUUGCAUUGUAAAUUCCUCCCCGUCCCCCAUCGUAUCGGUUAGGAUUGCUAGACUGGAGUAGUGGUUUGCAGGGCCGCUGCUCUCGAGUAAGGGAAACAAUUCAGAAUGAAACGGACGACUGGAUUGCUUCUCUUGCUUGCUAGCAGGGGAAUUUCAGGCAAUAGGAUUACCGUAGCGUAGCUAUACUCGUCACUAGAGAACUUAUUAGCGUCAAAGUCAGUUAUGAAAUACACACACUUUUUUAUUUAUCUAUUUAUCUUAUACAACACCUAAUUGAUUAUUGUCAGCUA